AUGGGCUACUGCGGAGGGGUGCCAGUGGAGGACAUGCAGGCCCUGGCCAUUACUUCUCUUACGGCAGCAGAUGUAGCCAAACAGUAUGAGCACAUCCGCGAGCUGGGGAAGGGCACGUACGGCAAGGUGGACCUGGUGGCUCACAGAACACAGGGCACCAAAAUGGCGCUGAAGUUUGUUACCAAGAACAAGACGAAGCUGAAGAGUUUCCUGCGGGAAUACAGUCUAACAGGCUCACUUAGCUGCAGCCCUUUCAUCAUCAAAGUCCUGGACGUGCUUUUUGAGACGGAGGACAGCUAUGUGUUUGGACAAGAAUAUGCCCCCGCUGGGGACCUUUUCGACAUCAUCCCCCCACAGGUGGGUCUACCAGAGGAAAUGGUCAAACGCUGCAUGCAACAACUGGGCCUGGCGCUGGACUUUAUGCACAGUAAAAACUUGGUGCAUCGGGAUGUCAAACCUGAGAAUGUGCUCUUGUUUGACCGCGAGUGCCGCCGCAUCAAGCUGGCAGACUUUGGCAUGACCCGGCGCGUGGGCUGCCGUGUGAAACGGGUGAGUGGCACCAUUCCCUACACGGCGCCAGAGGUGUGCCGGGCCAGUCGUGCUGAAGGUUUCCUUGUAACCACCAGCCUGGAUGUGUGGGCGUUCGGCGUGCUGGUCUUCUGUAUGCUGACGGGCAAUUUCCCCUGGGAGGCAGCGCUACAGGCCGAUGCCUUCUACGAGGAGUUCCGGCGCUGGCAGAAAGCAGGGUGCCCUGUGGGAACGUACCCGUCUCAGUGGCGCAGAUUCACUGAUGAUGCCUUGCGCAUGUUUCAGAGGCUGCUCGCCGCUGAGCCGGAAAAACGCUGUGGAGUCAAGGAUGUCUUCUGCUUUGUCAAGUAUGAGCUGGUCAGCGAGCUCAGGCGCAGAGCAUCCUGCCGAGCCAAGAGAGGGGAAAGGUCAAGCUCGGGAGUGUGUACUGGCAGUUGUACUUCAUCCUCGUCCUCCACUACAACACGUUCCUCCCACCGACACCCUGAGCCCUCCACCCCUCCAGGAACAUCUUGCUUGCGCCCAGCACCACUCAAACGUAGUGUCCUGUCUGACCCGCUGUCUCCCAGAGAGGAGUCUGGACAGCACCAGUCUCCAGGCCGAGACAAGAACAAAAGCCAGAUGGUGAUGGCAACUGCCAUUGAAAUCUGCGUGUGACCACGCUAAUGUUAGCGCUGGAGACUUAGAUAGCUUUUCACAGCAAUAACAAACUGUGAAGAGGUGUUAAUAACUACCACAGAGACUCCAGUGAAAAAGGAGACCGACUUUAACCAUGAAAGAGAAAGCUCAGGAUCACAUCCACCGCUGUGAAAAUGGACAUCAUCAAUCAGCGGUACACACUCGGACAGCUCAUCAUUGGCACAUGCCGCUUAGGUUUUGAUUUGUGACCAAAGACUGCUUCCCAAGCUGAGCAGCCAUGCAGGCAGCGUUUAACAGUCCGCUGAUGAUGUUCCUCUCAGCAGCUCAUUCUACCAUCCAGACAUUCGUGUUUUCGGCUCAUACACUGUGGUGGUGCUAAUGAUUCUAUAA